AGGCGCCGUCCUCUUCCCUCUCGUUUGUCUCUCCUGCAAAGUUAUGGUUCGUCCACCAACUUUUCCAUAAAUGAUAAACCCACACACAUCUCCCUCUCUGUCUCUUCUCAUCUGAAUUGAAAACUUGAGAAGGAAAAUCAUGCUUGUUUCUUCACAACUCCCACGCUGGCUUGAGGGUCUUCUGACACAGAAGUUCUUCAAUGCCUGUGUAAUUCAUGAAGAGGCAAAGAAGAAUGAGAAGAACGUUUAUUGCUUGGACUGUUGCUUCAGUUUAUGCCCUCACUGCUUGCCCCCUCACAGCUCUCACCGUCUCUUGCAGAUUAGGAGGUAUGUUUAUCACGAUGUGAUAAAACUGGGUGACGCUCACAAGUUAUUCGACUGUUCAUUUGUUCAAUCAUACACCACCAACGGGGCAAAAGUUUUGUUUCUGAAUCCAAGGCCACAGACGAGGCCGUUCAGGAACGCCGGCAGCAUAUGCUUCAGCUGUGACAGGAAUCUUCAAGAGUCUUGCCUCUUCUGCUCCCUAUUCUGCAAGAUUGACCAUCUCUUAAGGACUCAAUCUGAAGGUGGACUCUCAAAAUUCCUUCUUGACUGCAAGUUCUUGACUUUAUCGGAACCGGUUCUGGACGAUGGUCUCAUGACCCCUGACUCCGUUCUUGACCCGGCCAGCUCGACGAAGACAUCAUCCGGUUCGGGCGAGUCAAGUGGUGGUGUUGUGUGCAGAACAGAGUGGUGCACUGCUACAACAGAGAUAGCAAGGAAGAAGCGGAGUAGCUUACCGAAAUUCCCUCCAGUAUCCGAGAUUUCUGUGGGGUUCAUGAACCGGAGGAAAAAGAAUCCUCAACCUCAUCGGUCUCCCCUCUAUUGAGGGUGGUAUAGUUGGUAGUUUAAUUACAUAGAGAAGGGUAGUUUGGGCAAAAAGAAAAACUCUCUCAAUUUUGCAGAAGGAAGAAGUGUUUCUGCCCUCUGUAAGUGGUAAUGGUGACAAGACGGCCAUGUUUUAUUGCUUUUUCUGUCCCUCAAUCGUUAGGGUUUUUCUUUUUUGGUUUAUAGUUCCAAAUCAUUUGUAAUAUCUAUUGCUGAUCUUAAUCGAUGAAAAUUUCAGAACUGCAAAACACAAAACAGAGCAUCUGUGUCUUCUGUUCUUGUUUGUUUUUAAUUGCUCUUGUUGCCAAAGUAGAAAGACAUGAAAGCUCAAAUUACAGUCCUUCCUCA